UGCAGAGCCCCGGCACACCCUGGAAGACCAGGAAGUACAGCCCGGGCGUGCAGGGGCUACAUGAAGAAAUAAUUGACUUCUAUGACUUCAUGUCGCCUCGUCCUGAAGAAGCAGCUAUGAGAAGGGAAGUGGUGAAAAGAAUAGAAAUGGUCAUCAAAGAUCUCUGGCCUACGGCUGAUGUCCAGAUAUUUGGCAGCUUUAGUACAGGGCUUUAUCUCCCAACUAGCGAUAUUGACUUAGUUGUUUUUGGAAAAUGGGAACGCCCCCCUUUACAACUGCUGGAGCAAGCACUAAGAAAACACAGUGUGGCUGAGCCGUAUUCCAUUAAAGUACUGGAUAAAGCUACGGUACCUAUAAUAAAACUUACUGACCAGGAGACAGAAGUGAAAGUUGACAUCAGUUUUAAUGUGGAAACUGGUGUGAAGGCAGCUCGAUUUAUCAAGGAAUACAUGAAGAAAUAUUCUUUGCUGCCCUAUUUGAUUUUAGUGUUAAAACAGUUCCUCCUUCAGAGGGACUUGAAUGAAGUUUUUACUGGUGGAAUUAGCUCUUACAGCCUAAUUUUAAUGGCAAUUAGUUUCCUGCAGCUGCAUCCAAGAAUUGAUGCCAGAAGAGCUGAUGAAAACCUUGGGAUGCUUCUCAUAGAAUUUUUUGAACUCUAUGGAAGGAAUUUUAAUUACUUGAAAACUGGUAUUAGAAUAAAAAAUGGAGGUGCCUAUAUUGCCAAAGAAGAAAUCAUGAAAGUCAUGACCAAUGGAUACAGACCAUCCAUGUUAUGUAUUGAAGAUCCUCUCCUGCCUGGAAACGACGUUGGCAGAAGUUCUUACGGUGCCAUGCAAGUGAAACAAGUUUUUGAUUAUGCCUACAUUGUUCUUAGCCAUGCAGUAUCACCACUUGCAAGAUCAUAUCCAAAUAGAGAUUCUGAGAGCACAUUAGGUAGAAUCAUCAAAGUGACCCAAGAGGUGAUUGACUACAGAGCUUGGAUUAAAAAGCAGUGGGGGAACAAAAUUAAUUUAUCUCCUGAACUUGACAACAGGUUGAAAAUAAGAGACCAGAUUGCUCCAUGCAAUGGAGAACAGCAGCAGAACAGAGACUCGGAACCACCUUACAACCAGCGCUUGGCUUUGUCAUUGGCUAGCACACAGCAGUUAUCCUCUGGGUCAUCUGCCUCUUCUGUUUCAUCACUCUCCGGCAGUGAUAUUGAUUCUGAUACACCACCUUGCACAGCUUCUAAUGUUUACCAGUUCAGUCUGCAAGCACCGACUCAGCUUAUGGCCAGUUUACCACCCGCAUUGCCUAUGCCAAGUGGUAAACCCCAAUCUGCGCCUACGAGAACCUUGAUAAUGGCCGCCAGUAAUCAGCAGCACAGUGGAAUGAAGUUUUCCAUGAAGGGGGCUCAUAACCAUAAUCAAGGCAAUGGCUACAGUCCUGUCGGCAGUGGAGGCAUGAGGCAACCAGUUGGUAACCGAGGACACCACCAAUACAAUCGUAAUAUAUGGAGAAGAAAAAAACACAGAGACAGUUUGCCUAUUAGUCUCAGCAGAUAAUGGCAAAUGCCAAGAUGACCUUCCCCAGUUCAGACUGAAACUGAGUGAGUGCCACUCGACUUGGGGGAUGGAGACCAGCGUCCAGCACAUUGUUUUAUUGGUGUUGCCAAAUAUCUGCAGCUGACUUCUUUGCAUGUUUCUUUGUGUGGUGGUUCGGUCCAUCUUCAAGAAGUAGUUGUGCUUAUCUGUGAAGCCUUAUUAAAUGUUUGUUUUUCUGCCUUCCCACAACGGUUCAUCCAGUGCCGAAGCAGCUCUGCCAAUAGAACUGCAAGGACAUUUACCAAUGCUGUGGCUUUUUUUGCUGUGGCUACAUCUGUUCCUUUGUGGGUUUUGUUUUCUUUUAUUUUAGAAGUGAAGGAAACUUCCGUCAGUUGGAAUUUUUUUCCUUGCAGCAAAUCCGGUUGGGAAUUCAUGAAAAUAAAUUUGCUGCUCUUCUAUUUUUGUUUCAAAGUUCAGAAUUUUUUGCUCUGUAAAUAUUGGAAGUAUAAUUUGUGCAAUAACUUGGAAUUUUUAAUUUAAUUUCAUAUUGUCACAUAAGUUAUAUUUAAGGAGUUUUUUUAAUUUACAGAUCCUUUCCCAGGUUGCAUUAUCUAAGUUGGGUUCAUAGUUUUGGCAGGUUGUCUCAGCAGUGUUACAAACAUGACAUUUGGUAAUGUUCAAGGCUGCUUGAUUCACAAUGAAAGGCGAUUUGGCUUACAGUUUUAAGAAGGUAUUAAGCUCCAAAGCAUUUUGACCCUGUGUUUUUUAGCUCAUUGUCUGGCCUUUAUCAGUUGUCUUGCUCUGACCAAUGAGUUUUAGUUUAUUCCUUUAACUAGAUAACAAAUCCAGCAUUUGUAGUACCAGAAGUAAAACUUCCGAGGGGGAGGAUGAAAAUGUUGGUUUAAGUUCUGACGUAAAAUUUAAAAGCUGUGAACUACAUACUUUGAUGCGUUUUAGUAAUGUAACCUGUUAAUGUUUGGGUUCAAACAACAUUAUGAAACAGAGGUACCCGGCUUAAGGAAUGUGGAGAAAGGAAAUAUGUUGAUUCCAUUAAGGAAUCUGUAUAGCAGUAUGCAUUAGUUCUGUUAAGAGCAAAUAUAUAAAAAGUACUUCAGCUGCUCUAAGCAUUACAAGAAGUAUCUUUUAAUGUAUUGCAGGAGAGCACAGCCCAGUGUUGUACACAGUAUGAGUGGCUGGCACUUAAUUUACAGAUGCAUACAGGUAUACUAUGCAAAGUGUGUAUUGCCAUGACAAACACUGUCUUUAACUUUUUGAAAAAUGUACAUCCUGCCUAACCCUGAGUUUUUAAAGCACCACAGUUGUCCUGGGAGUAGGUCACAUCUCAUGCCCUCUGACUUCCCAUUUUUUUUUUAAUGAGAGUUCUUAAACUGUACAGAAAACUACAGAUCAGUUCUAUCAAAGUCCGUUAGCAGAGAGAGCUGAAGAAAAGUCCUGUUAACAGGACAUCUAUGCUGUGUACAGUUCUGGAAGGUUUUAAAACUGAUACCUGAAUAUUAAAAUGAGGUGUCUAGUACAAUGAAGCUUUUUAAUAUGCAGUAUGCCCUUGAAGCAGGACUCGUUCAUGUUAUUACUGAAUCUGUCAAAUCCAAACAGGUCUUUGAGGGGAGAGAGGGCAACAUUCCAAAGUAGAGUAGUGCAUAUCUGUUUGCAAAAAGUUUGUCUUAAUGCUCCCGAUUUCAUCACAAUUUUAAAAGAUUGUGAGCUGACUCAUAAAUAAUAUUUAAGGGCUGUUACAUGAGCCUGUACUGCUUGGUCUUCACACACUAGCAAUAUUGACCAUAAAACUACAUAAAAGAGCCGUCAAAGGCUUUAGUUGGUGUCUUAUACUAGCGUCCAUUUUAAAGCAAAAUUCAUUUAAAAAGUGGUAUCAUGUAACAUUUCAGUCAUGGUGAACCAAAUAAAUUGGCCUGGCUAUCACUGUGGUUAUGUGCUACAGGUUUAAAAAAUCAUGUUUAAAUUUUUUUGUGUGGACAACUAUGUGGAAGCUAAAAUUGACAUAUUUUUAUGUAAAGUUUUCUAUUCUUUGAUUUUUAAUAAACUUUGGAGACCAG